AUGGAAGAGCUGCCCCCCAAAUCGGCAGUCCAGACAUCUGGUACUGCACCAAUCAAGCCCAUCAAGGGUGCUGCUGACGCCGAUCGAGCCUUGAACCUGUCCACUCUCCACCAACAGGGCUGCGACAGAAGCAUGACUGCCAUUUUUGAAAGUCUGCUCGGUUCAGAGGGCAUGGGCCCAGGGAGUGCGCGGGCACACACCGAGUUGCAGUAUCACCUGCCUGAUGAGGCGACAGGUUCGAAUGGAGGCGGCAGUGCGGCAGAGUCGUUGUCUUCGUCAAGUCUGGAGUGCCUCGGUCAUGGCUCCGUGCUUUUGCACUCGUCGCCCGAGGGAUCCCUCCCGAGUUCCAUUCUAUCAAUCUCGUCAGCGGAUUCGUCCAGUUUGCAGCGUCAGCCCUCCACCACGUCCAUCAGCUCGUUGCAUCGCAAUGACCCAGCAACUGCCAUGGGGACUCGCAGCGAUCAGACCAUGAGGCCAGCCACAGUCAGCAGCAUGAGCACGAUCGCGUCCAGUUCUCCCAGCGCGGCCAGCGACCUGUUCCACCAGAACCUGGCCAUGAUGGCUGGCAGCGAUCCCUGGGUGGUGGAUUGGCCGACCAGCGUGCCGUUCCCCACCAGCCAUAGCCUGGCCAGCACCAGCAGUGGUGCUCCCACCCAGGCGAUGCAUUCGGCGGUGAUGCCGGCCAGUGCGAGGAAUUCCCUACCCAUACCAGUGUGGCCACCGGUGUUGCGUGUGAACUGUAAAGAGCUCGGCGGCGAGCUGCAUCUCUUCAAGCUGUACGGUACCAAUAACACACUCGAUGGCAAUGUGCAGUCACUGCAUCUCGAGGGGGUGUGGAUGACACCGCGGGAGUUCGAGGCUCUGGCUGGCUUCGGUGAUCCGGAAAACUGGAAGUGCAGCAUUCUGUUCAACGGACGGCCACUGAGUGAAGUGUUCUCCGACAUUGAGAAGGCCUUUCAGCUUGGCUUUCCUCGUGCGAUGGUUUUCAGUGGAAAAGUGCCUCCUCUGGCCAACCCUUCAUAUUCAUGGGCCCGCAGUAUUUCUACCCCGGGUAACCUGCUGAACUCCCAACCCAGCCUAUGUCUACAAUUACCACCGGUCUCGCCAAUGUUGAUGCAGCCGUAUGAUCGCGGCGACGCUACUGGCAUGGUGCCCUUCGCGCCCGCGUCUUCACCGGUGACACCAGCUGCCGUGACACCUGCGACCAGUAGCCGACCGUCUCCCAAACCCUCAUCAAGACGGAACAGACGGCGCUCGGCACCUACAAUAUCAGGACGGCCGUCUUCUCUCAGUGUUGAGGACCAUCUCGUGGACGAGCUUCUGAAGCAGAUGCGGUCACCACUGGAGGUUUCCGUGGCGACAGUUGUCAAGCAGGUGUUGGCCGAGGAAGAGGCCGAGCGGAAGCACCUGCACUCGGAGAACGAGCAGCUGAGACGGCGUCUGAGCAAGCUCAACCGCGACUUGGAAGUGCAACGCAACCAAGUCACGAAAGCCAAAUCUCUCCUAACCAGCCUGGCGUCCGACCAGUAAGGCGGUGGUGUUUAUGGUGUGUCCCGGCUACUUCUCCACCCACACCUCUGUAGUAUGUGUGUCCGCGCAUGCCAGCCAAGUCGAGUAGUAUAGAGCAUGCGAGUGGGUUGUACCGUGUGGGACGAUGUCAGUCUACUGCAUGCGCAUAUGACGACGAGUUGACGUCUAUGU